AUGGAUUCUAAGAUAACCUUCGCCAGCACUUUGGCCGUAUGCUUUGGGGUUUUUGCCUUAAUAGGUUGUAUGGUCAUGGUGCCGAUGGUUUUGAACGAGGUUACUGAAGUAUGGCUGGAAUUGGACGAAGAAAUGGAUGAAUUUAAAGCGAAUUCAGAAGCAUUACGGGAGCAACUGAUCAUUCUGGAUAAAAGUGCAAGGCUCAAAAGAAGCGAAAGGCACGUCCAAUUCAGAAAACCUGCCAUUGAUGUCGAAAAAGCGAAAAAAUGCCCAGCAGGACCUCAAGGACCAAAAGGUGCAAUGGGUGAGAACGGUGACGUCGGCGCACCAGGUGAACCAGGUGAACAUGGACAUGAUGCAGAAGAUGUUCAUGCUAUUUGGCCAAGUUCUGAUCAGUGCUCAUUAUGCUAUUCAUGCAAAGCUGGUCCACCAGGUGAAAGAGGCGAAGAGGGUCCAAUGGGCAUUCAAGGAAGAUCAGGAAGACCUGGAACACCUGGAAUAGAUGGCUCUCCCGGAUGUACUGGAGAGAGGGGUCCGCGAGGUAGUAAAGGACUGCAAGGAAAGCAAGGAUCACGAGGAAAACCAGGAAGAGAUGCAAACUUGGUUGUUGGAGUGAAAGGUUCACAAGGAAAGCGUGGUCUUCAAGGUCCUAGAGGAGAAAAGGGUGUACCAGGAAAGGAUGGAAAACCUGGACCAGUUGGUGACGUUGGCCCUAAGGGAGUUAUGGGACCACAAGGAGAACGAGGUCCUAUGGGACGCCGUGGGUCAGGGGGUGGCACUGGUUCUCCAGGACCAGACGCACGCUACUGCCCAUGUCCAGCGAGAUCGGUUACAGCGUGCAAGAAAACAAAGUCAUGCUAA